AUGUCAGACUCCACCAACUCAGCAAAUCCGCCUACUCCACAGGAUGCUCAGGACCAGACGUCGCAGGAAUCCAACAAAACUCCACUACCCCUUCCGGCACCUACAGCUGAAGAGGGUACCACGCAGAUCAACGUCGGUGGGCAAGCGGUCAAGCUGGAUCAUCUGGGCCCUCUGGUAGUGAACAAGGAUGGCACAUUGUCGCGCAUCGCAAAUUGGGAGCAGAUGGCGGACAUCGAGAAGCAGAACACGUUGAGGAUUUUGGUGAAGCGAAAUCAGUUGAGGACAGAGGCUUUGAAAGAGAAAGCAGAUGGGGAGGGGAAUCGGGCUUGA